GAUUUCCUCUUCGAGAAGCCUUUACAAAAUUGUCCGAAAUUCUCGAGUUUUUCGAAUUUCAUGUAUUCUUUUUAACUCUGAAUUAUUUUCUAUAUACAUAUAUUUAAGCCCUCGAUAUGAAUGAGUUUCGGAUGUUGCGAGAGGCUUGGGAUGAAAUAUUGCAGCGCUAUCUGAGCCUGGAGGUGUUCUCCAUUUGGCAUACGCGAAAUGCGGAACAACGUCGCGAGUAUGUGGUCCAGCGUCUGAUCAAGGACUGGUUCCCCUGGUUCUACUGGUUCUUUCUCAUCUACAGUUUUCUGGGCCUGAUGCACCAGCUCAUGCAGUUCCUGCGCGCCCAGCUGGUCAAGAGCCGUCCAUUGACCAUGUGGCGUGCUCGUGUCUUUCGCGGAAUACGCGACUCGGUCAUACGCAAAAUGCGCAUCGGCGGCAGCUUUUUCAUGCUCGUCUGCUGGUUCCUGCUCUUCCUUGGCCUACUACUGAACAAGCCCAAGUGCAUGAGACCCUGGGUUUCCGCAAGCAGCCUCGUGCUGGCCUUGGACUUUGUGCUCUGGACCUUGGAGAUUAUGUUUGGAUACGAUCAGUUCAACUGGCAGUGCUUGAUGAGUUUUGUGCUGCCCUUCAUUUGCCAAAUCUUGGUGGGGAACAUUGGCAAACUCCUCGAGGAUCCCAAUCACAAACUGUUCGACACAUGAACCAGUUACAUUCACAGCUGGUUCAUUGCAUUUGCCGCUGAUUCGUUUUAAUAAAGUUAUUGUUUUAGUUCCA